GGAGGAGCCGCCCGGCCAUGGCAGAGCGCGGAGCCCCGGCGGACAAAGAGAGCCGCCCGGCAGAAGAGAGCGCGCCGCCGAGAUGGAACGUGACCGGCAAGACAUAUCAUCCAGACAGGAAUUCAGCCAUCACGGUGAUCUAGACCGGUAUUGCCUAUUGUGGCUGGCAGCAAGUCUCCAGGGCUCCUCCAAGGGCCUUUCCCACCACUUGAGGUCCUUUUUAAAUUGGAGAUGUCGGGGAUAGAAGCUGGGACCUUCUGCAUUCAAAGCAUGGGCUGUGCUAAGGGAUUAUUGUGGAAAUUGGAUGGAACAGAUUCAUGAACCGACACGUGCAAAUAACAGCCCGGAUUGGAAACCAUCCGACUGGUCCUUGCCACAGGCGUGAGCAGCCAUGAAGCUGAACGAGCGGAGUUUGGCCUUCUACGCCACUUGUGACUCCCCCACCGACAAGGCCGGCUUCCUCUACAAGAAGGGCGAGCGGAACACGGCCUACCACCGCCGCUGGUUCGUGCUGAAGGGGAACAUGCUCUUCUACUUUGAGGACCGGGAGAGCCGAGAGCCGGUGGGAGCCAUCAUCUUGGAAGGCUGCACGGUGGAGCUGUGUGAGUCCACGGAGGAGUUUGCCUUCGCCAUCAAGUUCGAGUGCGCCAAGUCCCGUACCUACAUCCUGGCGGCCGAGAGCCAGGCCGCCAUGGAGGCCUGGGUCAAGUCCCUCUCGCGGGCCAGCUUCGGCUACCUGCGCCUGGUGGUGAAGGAACUAGAGAAACAGCUGGAUGAAAUGCAGAGGAACCUCUCUGGCUACCACCGGGUCCAGAGGAAGGGGCCGCUUUACCGGAAAAACAAGACAGUGCCAAAUUUGGACCGGGCAGCCUUAGGCCCGGCCCCGCCGCAGGAGAAGCCGACGCUCCCAGUUUGCAUCCCAGCAAAAGAAAAUGGCUGUGCGCUGUGGAAUAAUUCCCAGGGGUCAGCCAGCCUGCCGGCAGGAUGCCCCCAAGCUGACCCAGGGAGCACGAGGACCUGUGGGGGUGGCAGCUACGGAGAGGGUCUCAAACCGCCCCCAUUGCCCCCUCGGAGGAGGGCCCUGUCGGGCAAUUCCGGUGGUGGCGCCGGAGGCCCCGGCCUUGACGGCCCCGUAUAUCCGAGCACGGCUUGUUUUUCCAAACUCCACGACUGGUACGGCCGAGAGAUUCUUGAACUGCGAAGGGCGUGGCUGGAGGGGCCAAAGGACAGCGAUCUCUGAGUAGCUGUUUUGGUUGAGGAAGCGCUCUUGGGAACACUGAGCUGGGCCACAGCCGGGCCGGGCCGGAGAAACAGUCAUCGGCUGCUGUGAGUAAAGCUCAGUUGCUGGAAAUGUUGUUUCUUGUGACCAGUAACGCGCCACGUCGUGGCAGCGGUCUGCACAGUUCUGGGGGGAAAGCCCCAACUGGAGCUGGCUCUUACCUUCCCACGGCCUUUGAGAAUCGCGUCGGCAACUCUUCGUUCCCCCUUGGGUCCUGCACGUCCUUGAGGAGACUGGUCUUCGAGGCCCCCCACCUCCCUGCUUUAAAUUAUACCAAUGGAGCUUUUGUGGAUUAAAAAUGAGGGUCUGCUUUGAAAAACAGUUGCCGUCACCACCCCUCAGGCCAGGCAAAAAGCAGCCAGGUGGCAGCCCAGUGUUCCUCCCUCUUUCUUCAUCGAUUUAGUAGAUCUUUCCAGAACUGAGUUGAGCUGCUUGCUGGCUUCUGGCAGUCACUCGACUCUUCAAGGUCAACACUUGGACAUGCUGUGGCAUUCAGUGUCUACCGUGAGGGGGGGAACAUGCACGCACGCACGCACGCACACACGUUUCUCUUGUUCAUGCAGGGGUCGAGAUCUUCCUCGCCCAAUUGAUUUUGACCAAGCCCACCGCUGAAGCUCUGAGAGAAGAUCGAGACACACACACCCCACCCCUCUCCCAAGGCCCGUCUUGGUACUGAAAUCAUGGCAGGAUAGAUUCGGGGAAGGCCAAGUUGUCACUUUGUGUGAUGCCGCCUGGGAUGCUACCACUGUUGUGUGUUGGGAACCCUAGUCUACAAGAGCCCAACCUUAUCAGUGAAGUCGAAGCCACCAGGAAGAGAUGUGGUGGCUGGGAAGCCGAGAAGAGGCACGGCCAGCCAGUGGGUAUCACGCGCCCCUCCUAGCAGAUUAAUUCAGCCUCACCUUUGAUUGGUUCUCAUCGGGUUGGGGUGGGGUGAGGCGGGUUAAGAGUCAAAGGCUUGGCCCUCCACCCCCAAGGACACUGGGGAGGUGGCCAUUAAGAGCAGCGAGGCUUUCCAGUGUUCUGAUGGUCUAAAGAACCUCUUUCAUCUCCAGGGCCAAAUUCCAGAAGCUCUUGGGGCCCACGUUCCAGUGGUGGGCGGGGCCAAAGGCAAAGGGUGUGUGGCCAAAACCAAAAGGGGUUGGGCUACAAAUCCCAGCAUACUGUGCCUUGAAGCGCUUACAGCCAGUAACUAAGCCCCAGGAGUGGUAUUUAGGCCUUUGGGGAUUUGUUGUGGGGGCGGGACUCCACAAAAGGCCCUCUCGGGUUUCAGUCGCCACGGAGCCAAGAAGCUAGCCCUGGGUGACCCUGGCACGGUCACUCUCUCAUUCUAACCUACCUUAUAGGGGGGGUGUUGUGAGGAUCCUAUGGAGAAGGGGAACUAGGUACGCUGCCUAGGGCUACUUGGGAGGCG